GAGAGAGAGAGAGAGAGAGAGAGAGAGAGAGGCUGGUCUCGGGUUUCAGAGACGCGCACUGCCAGCUGAGCUGCGGCACAUUGUGGAGUCGCUCAGAGGAGAAGAAGCACCGACUGGGAGAAACGGAGCGGAGCGCAGAGCAAAGCAGAGGAAUACUGAGUCUGUCUCUGUGAAUCAGGAUCAUCACUGACUGACUGACUGACUGACUGCUGUCCAUCUACACAAUGUCUCCUAUUCUAACUUUGAUGUAGUUGCUCAUCUGAGUGCAGCAAGGUAGUUUGGAGACAGUUUGAAGAAAAAGACAAAACUUCCCCCCAACAGAGAGAGAGAGAGAGAGACAGUCUCUGACCAGCUCCAGCGUCUGCAGGUCGUUAGGAUCCCUCUCCUCCUGCUGCUCUUCCUCUUGAUGAAUUGAGGGAUUUCCGUGUGGAUAAAAGCAGAAUCAGAGGUCUAAACAUGCUCAAGGAUCAGAAGUGUGGAGUCGCGGGUAUCCCUGGUGAGGAGAGGAGCGAUCAUCCGUCUAAACGGCCUCUGUGGAGAAACUGGAGAGAUUUGUCAGGCGUCACGACGUGUAUCGCAGUGUCGGUCCUGUGUCUUGGAUUUUGCAUUUUGGUUUUAGUGCGGACGUCGGAGUUGCAGUCCCGGAUAGUAAGUCUGGAGCAGCAGCAGCGGGACGCGCAGCUCUCCGCCUGGAUGGGGUCUCUGGAGCAGGUGGAGCCCGUUAUCAUGGGCCGGCUGGACCACAUCCUGGACGAGAAGCUUGCAGCGCGACUACCGAAAACACGGGAGGCGAGAGAGGCUCCCCACAACUGCCUGUGUCCACCAGGACCUCCAGGUCCUCCUGGACGAGCAGGCUUUCCGGGUGACAAAGGAAGUAUGGGGAUUCCUGGGAGAAUGAGCUUAAAAGGACAAGCAGGGGAGAAGGGAGCUCCAGGCGAGCCAGGUCUGUCUAUCAUUGGACCAAGAGGACCUCCUGGACAACCUGGGACAAGAGGAUUUCCAGGCUUUCCAGGUCCAAUUGGGUUGGAUGGCACGUCUGGACAGAACGGACAGAAGGGAGACAUGGGUCAGCGUGGCGGUAAAGGCAUACCGGGGGAACCUGGACCCAAAGGGGAGAAGGGCGUAUGUGGAGACUACAGUCACCGGAAGCGGCGUAUUGUACAGCCCUGUGUUGGACACUUGGCCACACAGGGCGAGCCUGGAGCGCAGGGACCCCCGGGACCUCCAGGAGCCCCCGGACUCCCAGGGACCCCCGGCCUGAAUGGAGCCAGUGGCCCACCGGGUAAGCCCGGUGAACCAGGCAAACCAGGAAAAGACCCAAGGCUUUUAACGGGACUGAAGGGUGAGCCAGGUGUGCCAGGAAUAAAGGGGGAUCAAGGGGAUGUUGGCCCACUAGGUCCUGAAGGCUCAAAGGGAGUUAAUGGAGACCAUGGAAUUAAGGGUGACAAGGGAGAGCCGAGCAUCGCAGCCGUGGGAAUUAAAGGAGAAGCAGGUUCACCAGGACUGCCAGGCCUAAUGGGACACAAGGGUAACACAGGCGGACAGGGAGACAAGGGGGAAGCAGGCCCCGAAGGCCCAGCUGGACCAAGAGGUCCUCCGGGCCCAACUGGGGAGCCAGGAAAGGCUGAAAUCCACAACAAUGAAAAUGAUAUUCGCAACAUACCCCUGAUGGGCCCCCCUGGAUUACCUGGACCUUCGGGGGCCCCUGGAAUCCAUGGUACCAAGGGUGAUGUUGGUCUGCCAGGUCCUCCAGGAGUCGACGGAGAGAAGGGACCCAGGGGGAAGCCUGGAGAGCCUGGUCCUGCAGGCCCAGUCGGCCCUGAAGGUCCCAGAGGGGAGGGUGGUGUCAUGGGCUUCUCGGGACCCAAAGGAGAUAAGGGAGACAUGGGUCCAUCUGGAUCACCUGGUCAUAAAGGUGAAUCUGGGGAAGGAGGAAGGUCAGAAAUGAUCUAUGGUCCUCCAGGGCCCCCAGGACCUUCAGGACCAGUUGGCCCAGCAGGAUCUCAAGGAUUUUCAGGUCCUAAGGGAGAACCGGGCAUAGGCAUAAGAGGAGAAAAGGGAGCGAGCGGUCACAAGGGUGACAAGGGAGACAGAGGCCAUCUUGGACUUCCUGGUCUAAUAGGACCAUCGGGUGUGCCAGGGCCAGCAGGACCAAAGGGGGAGAGAGGUGAAAAGGGAGAUGCAGGAUUGCCCGGACCAAUUGGGCCUCAAGGCAUCCCUGGUUUAGUAGGACCACAAGCACUCAAAGGGAACCGGGGAGAGAGGGGCAAGAAAGGCAACAGGGGGGCCAAAGGGGAUAAGGGAGACCAAGGAGCACCUGGAUUAGAUGCCCCCUGUCCGUUGGGAGACGAUGGCUUACCUGUACCAGGAUGUUGGAAUAAAGGUCAACAUCCUUUCCAACUGGCUAAGAAGUAGGGCUGAUGGAGACCGUCUCCAUGACGCCACAGAAAAAGGAAAACUUGAAGACAUUUGGAGAUAUCUUUGAGUUUUUAACCCAAUCCUGGAGUUGGCAUUUCAACGUUUUUCCAGGAGGCUGGACACAGUGCCAGUAAAGUCGGAGGCUCCGCAGUGGUGAGCACAUUAACUUCAAUAAGACUGGAAAGUAGAGACGUUACACCAUCCUUUAGUUUAGUUACUGAAGGCUCUCUGGACGGGCCAACCAUCACAGCCACAGGGAGAUAAUGUACCUACUGAUGUGUUUCUCUGACUGCAUACACUUUGAUCUAUUUAACUCCUAUAGUGAAAGUGAGGCAUGGACACUUUAGCACAUGCUAUUUGUUGUGUUUGACGUGACAUCAAUACUGUAACUGUGAUAAAGAAUUCAGAGCAGCUCACAGAACAGAUAUAGAUGCCAUGUGUUUCCAAGAAAAAACAAAGGGAGACCCUUUUGAUGAUUCCUUCUUGAUAUAUUAUCCGACUCACUGCCUUUAACAAAAAAAAACAAAAAAACCUUUACAUGCAGCUGUGGCAUUUUGUUUGAAUGAUUGUGCUGUAUAGGAAAUACUUUGAAACCAGCAUCAUGCAGCAUGCCUGGUCACAUAUAUGGUAUUAUUCUGUUUUUUUGUAUUAAGGUGUUAAAGGACACCAUGAUUAAAUGCUGUAAUUGUAAGUAUUGUACUAUAUACGACUAAGGAUUGUAUGUAUAAAGUCAGUCUUUGUAAAUAGAUUGCAUUGAUGAAAUAUGAUUUUACGUACAGAAUAAGCGUCAAAAAUCUCAAAGGGCAGUAUUCAUAUGCUGAUUAUGUAGAGAUGAUUGAUAAUUGUGGAGAAAAAUGUGGAAGAAAAUAUUUUAACGAUUCUCACAUUGGCAUGCCCCACAUAUCCAGUCUAUAUGACAUGCAAUUAGAUAUAUUGCAUGCAAAUACUGUAUUUUUUUUAACUAAAAAAAUAUUUUAAAAAAUAUAUUUAUUGUUUUACUGAAUAUAAAUUGAUAUUUAGUGGAAAAAAAACAAAAAAAAAACAACAACAAACAAACAAAAAAACGCCACAGUCGGAAUAUUUAACUGCUGUAACUGUGCAUGCAAAUCAUUUUAAAAAAGGAACCUCGGUCAGUGUGUCACACUUUCCUGUUUCAUUGGAAAUCAAAUGUACAGAAGCAUUCCUUGUGUCAUAUUGACAGCUGCCUUGUAAACAUACCUGGGUCAUCACGGUGUUUCAUUUAUAUUUUUCUUGAUGCCAGUUUUCCAGUUUUUGAGUUCAGUAGUUUGAAUUUGAAAGAAAUGGAAUGUAGUUUCAUUGUUUAAAAAAAACAAAAAACUACUACAAUGUACCUACUGUUCAUUUUAAAAGUUGGUUUAAUGAAAAUAUCUUUAUUAUUGCAAUUAUUGAAUCAAUUUUACUUUGAAAAAGAAACCUUUCAAUAGCAAAAGUAGAUUGAGUUCAAAGCAUUGCAACUUCAGAAAGCACAAACAAAAAGAAACAACAAAAGAAAAUAGCAUCACCUAUUUAUUGUUUUAUUCAAUAUGACUGUUUUGUUGAUUUAAUUGUGUUUUGUCUAUUGAGUUAGAUUGUCUAUCUGUUUUGUCUGUUUACUUGUACGUUUUCUUCUUCUCUCUGCCACCAUACAAAGGGAUCAUAACCACAUUUCACAACUGAUAAGAUCUGAUUUCCUGUCAGGCAAUGUAGCAUUUACCAAAUAAUUUAUUUCAAAGAAAUACACCCCUCCAUUCCCAUCCCUUCAUCUUCAGAACAUCAAAAGAGCACGGAGAGGAAAGUUUGGGUUGUUGUUGGGCAUUGUAACAAAAUUCAUCUUUAACAAUUUGUAUCUGAAAGUGUCUAUGUAUGUAGUUCCUGUUUUAAACUUCACAUUUAUAUUUUGCACAAAUAUGGAACUAACAGUUUUCUUUGUUUAAAGAAAGCAAGUUGUUCAUUUGCUUUAUUAUUGACUUGGUUUGCUAUGUCCUAUAUAGCAUAUAUAAAGUUGUGUUCUGUAUGUAAUACGUUGCAAACAAAGCAGGACAUCACUACAUUUGUGUGCAUGAAUUUGUGUUACAGAAUAUAAGUUUUAUGUAAGUAUAUAAGAAUAUAAGUUUUCAAUUAACCAUCUGCAACAGGUCGUGAACCAGAAAAUGUGUUUUUAGCUGCACUAAAUUCAAACAAAGGCAUAUUUGAUUCAAAUGUACUUUUUGGUUUUGUAUCAAAGCUGAUGUGCCAGAUGUGUUAAUGCCAGUCUGUGUAUUAUCUGUGAGUAAUAUUAUUUACUUCCCAUUGAUGAGUUCUUCAGAAAUGCCAUAAUGCACUCAUAUAUAUAUACAUGUAUGUAUAUAUAUAUAUACAUACAUAUAUAUAUAUAUCCUGCCCCAGUGUCCGCCACAAACAGAAAAAAUAACGUCAAAAUUCUCUAAAGAAAAAUCUCCACCUGCGUCCUUCUAACUGGUGAAUGUACUACUCACCUGACAGGCAUUAAGAAUAACUAUACAGAGAUCUGGCUAGGUGGCCAUUACUUUCUAUUUUGGAUCCCCUCAGAGUGCAUUAUUGUGGAUAUACCAUCGCCUGGAUUUGUAUUUACAGCAGCAGUUGCACUGUCUUUUAUUUAGGUCACACUGUUUGUAUUUAAAUUUGGAACGUAAAGUAGAAUUUCUGUAAGUAGAAAAGUGUUCAUAAACACAGUUAACUUGCUUUAUUUUCAUCAAAGUAUAAAUCUUGAUGUAUAAUUUGUUUGAAAUUCUGUACUAAAGAGGGCAUUAUACAGAAUUUGCAUGCUAUUGUUUUUUCAACUUUCUUUUCCUAUAUUGAUGAUGGAAUAUAGAUAUACUGUACAUUUGAUGAUUUCUUGCACAUUCAAAAGAAAUCUGCCAACCGAAUGACCUUUUCUGCAGAUUUCUGUGCUAUACCACGACAUUGAUUUGAGAUGUAUAAGUUUGUUUUCCAAGAUUCAAUGUAACUUCCAACCGCAGUAUUCACUGUAAUCCACAUGCUGAGUUGCUGUUAGUUUUAGUGCAGUCAGAACUGAUUGUUUAUAUGAGGUAAUGAUAUUGUUUUUGUUUUCCAAAAUAAUUUUAUUUUUACUUUUUAUAAUCCAAACAAUGGCAGCUGUCGUCACUGAUUGCCAAACAGAUUCACUGUUCAGUAGAAGUCAUCUUUUUAAGCAAUUUGUCACUGACUCCGAAUAAAGAAAGCUAUUUUCAAUGGA